UUCCGCUACGUAAUAUUCGCGGGUGGUUCAGCUCUCUCUGAACCACACCGCGCCUUGUCCUAAUCGCGCGCGCCUCCGUGACCCCGACGGCCUCGGCUCGGCGCGUUUUGCAUUGCGCAUCCCAUGAUCCAGACGGCCUCGCCUCUUCUGCUGCCGGAGCCAUGUGGUUGCUCGAAAGCGAUCUGUUUGAGGGCCGGAAGCUCUGGCUGCGCCCGGGAAAAUUGUACCUCUUUGGCCGCACUGCCGCUGAACCCGGCCAGCUCGCGGUUUCGGACAAAACCAUCUCGAGGAAGCAUAUCACGAUCCAAGUCGAAAAUGUCAUCGAAGGCGGCGGGCGCAAUCUCCGUUCGCGAUCCACGGUUACGGUUGAAGAUCUCGAUUCGAAGAAGGGAACGAUUCUGAAUGGCGUUCAAAUACGCGGGCAGAAGAAGACAUUGUCGGAGGAUGAGAACGAACUAAAACUGGGCAUGUGUCCCAAGAUUCUCCGCAUACGAUGGCACCCCGUUGUUCUCAGUUUCUCCUUCACCGCAAAGGAGCUAAGUGCGGAUCCCUGGACCCGGCUUCGCGAGAGCCUGGAACAGCUCGACAUCAAAUACUCGGCCGAAUACGAGAAGGAGACCACCCACGUCGUUUCCAAGAAGCGCAACACGUCAAAAGGGCUGCAGGCUCUGAUCAACGGUGCAUACGUUGUUACCGAUAGCUUCAUCAAUGCUAUCGUGGACGCGGCCGCAAUUCCUGACGACGCUGAGGCGGGGACAAACAGUGCUCUGGAGGAGGAUUUUGACGCCGCCUGGCCGAACCCCAUCGACCACCUGCCGCCCCGCGGCGCGGAACCAGUGGAUCGGCCGCCGGAGUCGUAUGCUCCAGACGACCGGCGUCAGGAGGUGUUUGAAGGGUAUACGUUCGUGUUCUACGAGAGGAAGCAGUACGAGAACCUGUUGCCGGCCAUCACUGCCGGCAAGGGGAAAGCUCUGCUCAAAGAGGUCGUUCCAGGGGAAACGGGAGUCGAUGACUUUGUCCGAUACGUCAAAGGCGUUGCGGGCGAAAAGGGACUGGGGUCAUUUGAAGAUGGCAGCGAAGGCAGGGGAGUGGUUGUCGUCCGGUACACGCCGAAAACCGAAGACUACGAAUGGUUCGCCCAGUUCUUGACAUCAUUUGCCCAGAGGCUUGACCAUCGGCCAAUCGACCAGCGGGAAUUCCUCGAAGCUAUUCUUGCUUGCGAUGCUUCCAUGUUGCGCCGACCUCUCGAGGAAGCCAGCCAGCCCGCGUCGGCGGUUUCCGGGGCACAGGAGCCCAUUGCCGGUCAAGGGGACCGCAUGGAUGUUGACCAACCUGCACCUCAGGGAUCGCCGUCUCAGGAGCCCGUUGCAAAGCAGGAAUCAGGUCCAACAACACGCAGGGGGCGGGACAGGAGAGCUGGCCGCAGCCGGUUCAAAGGGUUCGAUUUCGACGACGACGCAGAAGGACCCAUCGUGGAGACUCCCCCAGUUGAACCGCCUGAGCCCCCUCAGGUAGCUGCAGCGUCUCAAGACAGUUUGUUCGUGUCCCAGUAUCGGGAACCCAGUCUUCCUCUAGAGAAAGAGGUUGAGGACGCACCUCCCACGCGGCGAACGCUGCGCAAACGCGCUUUGUCACCCCUUCCGGAACACGAUAACUCGGCGUUGAUGGACGAGAUUGCCCCGACGACAGCAGCAGCCAAGCGACGGCGCAUCGAGGCUGGACAGGCACCCGUGCCGCCGCCCCCUGAGCCGGAGCCGGAACCAGAACCGCAAGGGGACGAGAGUGAAGAAAUGGUGCCGGAUUCGCCGCAGGGAAAGCCUAAGAAAGGCCAAGCGAGGAAAGGCAAAGGCAAGAAGGUGAAGGAAGAAGGGGAUAUCCUAGAACUCGCGCGCCGGAAACGGGAGGAAGCAGAGGCCCAAGCGGCUGCCAAGCGUAAGGAGCUCGAGGAACUGCCCGAUGAUGGAAUCGAUUACGCAGCAAUCCGUGCCCUGCACAUCAUUGAAGAGUGCGAGGUGCACUUCCCGGACCCGGACGCGAAUAAACGUGGGCGAGAUCAGGACAUCGCUGACGGCCGCUGGGACCCGCGAUGGAACGGCCGGAAGAACUUCAAGCGGUUUCGCAAGCAAGGCGAACCGACGGGGCGUCCAGCCCCGCAGAUCAUCAUCGGCCUGGAGGAAGUUAAGCCCAAGGAGUACGGCAUCGGCGACGACUAUUGGCUCGAGGAGGAAGGCAGUGGCCGCCGUAAGAAGGACAGCCAGCGCGACUCACAGACUCGGACUCAGCAACAGUCGCAGGAGAAGUCGGGGAGCGCAGCCAAGGGCAAAGAGAAGGAGAAGGAGAAGGAGAAGGCGAGGCCGGCGUUGCGGAGGACGAUUCUGGCCGUUGACAGCAGCGACGAAGAAGAAGAGCGAAGCGAGCUCGGAACGGUGCCAGAAGACAGCUACGUGCCCGAAACCGAGCCGUCCAGGAGCCGGGCGGCCAAGGCGGCCGAGAAGGCGAACUCGCAGCGCGGUCGGUCACAAACGCAGACACAGUCGCAGAGCCAGGCGCCCUCAUCCAACAAGCGGCCUGCAGCAGCUGAGCCGGCGAAGGAACGGGCGGCCAAGAGACCGUGGAGGGGAUUCCAGCCGCCGAGUGACGAUGAAAGUGAGGACAGUGAUGAUGAGCUCAAGUUCCGCUUCGGCAGGCGAAGGUAGCGUGCUGGAUUUGGCCUUCUUUUUGCUUUGUCUCACGAGGCGAGCGCAUGCUCAAUCAGCUAUGUUGAAGACAUCAAAACGAAGGCCGUGACCUCGUCUAUGCGCUAUCUAUUGGGUAUCAUAGCUCUGUCUAUGGUAACUCCC